AUGGUCUUCCAGCACCAGGGCUCUGAGGGUCGACUUAGUGAAGAAGAUACUAUUUUGCCCGCUUUACAGGACGGGAACUACACAAACUGCCUCUCCCCCGCCAGGUUUAAGAAGCCACAGUCCAGGCCGCCCGCCUGCCCGCUGCUCUGCCCACUAGGCUGCACUGUCAUGGCAACAGCCCACGUUGCCAUUCGUUGGUUGGCUGCUUCGCUUGACAAGUGUUUACUGAGGGCCCACGGGGCGGGGACGUGUUUGCCUGGCACCCUGGGCGCUGGGAGGCUGCCAGGUCCACUGAUAAGUGCCUGCCCAGGCUGCGCUGGGGUGAUAAGGGGCAGGCAGGCAGCUGCUGCUGUGGCCUGGGGAAGCGGCUGGCCGGGAGAGGCUCUGGCGGGAUCGUGGCCCAGAUUCUGUGGCCCUGCAGCUGGGCCCCGGGCCGCAGCCCCACGCGCUCCACGCCCGGCUCCCGGCCAGUUCCCACUCCUGGAGCCCAAGUCCUCCGCGGCUCCUCCAGGAAGCCCACGAGUUCGGCCUCCAGGCACAGGGUCUGGAGCCAGCGCGAAAGCACCCAAGGGGCAAGAGAAGGCGCCCCGGGACCCUGUCUGCGGGCCAGCAGCGCGGUGUGCCCAGCCCAGCCAGGAGCCCGCCUGCCCUGGGGCAGAGGGCCCGCGUGCGCGCACAGACCGGCCCUGCGGUCCGUCACCCCUCAGCCGUGACAGGGGUCGCCCACACAGCUCACGGAGGGAGGCUGGGCCAAAGGGGCGCCUGAGGGUUGCUUCAGAAAGUCCUACCCAGGAUUCACACUACCAGCCUCCGUCACACGGCCUGGUCUCCUCUAGACUGUGCCAGCUCCUCAGGCUUCCCUCGGCCCAGAGGACGUAAAGCUGCGAGGAACAGUGGCGGUGACAGCAGCUGCCCUCCUGACGAGGACUGAACCGGAGGCCUUUCUCAGGGUUACUCGCUGUGGAUUCGGGGGAGCAGGAGUGCAGAGGUAAAGUGCCUCAGCUCCCGGCACCGUGGCACAGGCGGUGGCUGGUCUCGCCCCUGGAGGUGGUGACCCUGCUCACUGGGCUGAGGCAGGGGUCACACCCUUCCUCAGGUAUACUUGUUGAAAGGGGGUCACCAUGUAUAUUCCAUACGGGACUGGAAUUCUGUGCCACCUCCUGGAAGGCAAAAUAUCCAUGUAAACCUUUUGGGAUUCUACUUGGGAGUAACUAUUUGGUAUAUUUAUUUAUUUAUUCAGUCAUUCAUGUAUGUCACCAUGGACUCACGGGCAUUUACUUUAUACUUUGGAUUAUAAUCCAGUACUGCUGUACUAACCUUGUUACUGAAACUGCUCCACCUUGGGUACUGGGAGCUCUCUCAGUUGGCCUUGAGUUCCUCUGCAACGGCCCUGCUGCACCAGGGUUUCCUGCUGCUUUGAGUGCUCCCAGGUAGGACAGGAUAGGCUUGUAUACUCUCUGCCCCAGUCCCAGGGGCAGCCUAGGGGCACCCUAGUGUCCUAGGUUGUCCUAGGAGUCCUAGCUUCUUUUAUUGGAUCAGUAUCACAAGGCAAGCUCCAGGUGCCAGAUGUGCCGGUUUUUCCUAGGAUGUGACCGCUUCUGGGUCCUCUCGGGUGACAGAGGGAGAAGAUACGUAUUUGCUAAUAAAUACAUGCAUAUACGCAUGUACACAAAUAUUCCUAUAUACCCAUCUGCAGCUCACAUUAAAUAUGAGCAUAUAAGGAUGUCUCCAGCUCAAAUGCAACCCAUCCCAUAUGGAUUAUUCUAGCCAUCCUAACAAGUGCACAGUGGUACCUAAAUUUUGGUUUUAAUUUGAAUUUCUCUAUUGACAAAUGAUGUUGGAUAUCUUUGCAUAUACUUAUUUACUAUCUCUAUAUAUUCUUUGCUGAAGUGUCUGUUCUGAUAUUUUGCCCAUUUAAAAAACAAUUAUACUGAGCAUGGUGG